AUGUCAGGGAGAUUAUACCAAGUUGAGUACGCCUUCAAAGCUAUCAACUCGGCCAGCAUUACUUCCAUUGGAGUUGUCGGUGAGGACUCUGCUGUCUUGAUUUCUCAAAAGAAGGUUUCAGAUAAGCUUUUAGAUGCUUCGACCGUUUCCUACUUAUUUCAAAUUACCCCCUCAAUUGGUAUGUUGGCCACCGGUUCCAUUGCUGACGCCAGAAACUUGGCUUUGAGAGCUAGAGCAGAAGCAGCUGAAUUCAGAUACAAGUAUGGCUAUGAAAUGCCAGUCCAGAGUAUUGCUAAGAGAAUGGCGAACAUGUCUCAGUUAUAUACGCAGAGAGCUUACAUGAGACCUCUUGGAGUUGCGUUGACAUUCUGUCAGGUUGACUUUGAGGAUGAGGGCCGUGGACCACAGAUCUUCAAGUGUGACCCUGCUGGAUAUUAUACGGGAGUCAAGGCUGUCUCUACAGGCCCUAAGCAGCAAGAGGCUACGACGUACUUGGAAAAGAAGUUCAAAAAGAUCGACCACGUCAAGGGAGAUUGGAAAGCCAACGUCGAGUUUGCGAUUACCGCAUUGAGUUCCGUGUUGGGCACGGACUUCAGAAAGAAUGACAUCGAGAUCGGUGUUGCCACUCAAGAUAAAUUCCGUGUCUUGACCCCAGAUGAGAUUGAUGAAAGGUUGGUUGCAAUUGCAGAAUUAGACUAA